UUAUAUCCCCAAAGGUUCGAACCCUAGCGGUGCUGUUGGACGAGGCAUAAGGGGAACAAGCGCAGCGGCGCCUAUCGACGAUGGCAGCGAUUAGAUCUCUAGCGUGGAAGAUCGGCGGUCCCGCACUACAGCGAUCGCCGGCCAUCUGUCCUGUUGUGGAGGUGGAGCACGAGCUGCUCGUCCGUAGGCCUCCACAUGUCGUCAAAUCUCGCCUAUUUACCUCCGGCGGUUCCGACACAAGCGAACCCUUAUGUAAGAAUUGUUUACACUCUUUCACAGGGCCUGCUGCGGAUGCUAGGUCCCAUCUUAAUAAUCUAGGACCCGAGGGUCUUAGAGAGGAAGUGGAGAAGAAGAAAAAAGAUCUGCUAUAUGCACUACUGAAGAUGGAUUCCUGCACCAAUUUGAGUGCAUUUCAGGGUGAAAAUAGACAGGAGCUGGGCGUCCUGCUCCCGCUGCUCCAACCCAAGACGCAACAACCCAGGCUUGAAGAGUUACUUGAUCGACCGAUGAAGUUCUGCAUCUUCGUGAUUUGCGCAGCACCUAUUGUGGCCGUUCUUUGUGUUUACAGAAACAGUACUCGCCCGUUUGCAAUAGAUGAAGAGUAAACAGGAGGCUAAGGACCAGUUCUUUUAGGCGGCUAAACAAAUAAGACGUCUCUCUCCAGCUUAAAAAUAAGCCACAACCUAAAUUUGUUGAUAUUUCUAAAUUAGUUAUCCCACAUUUUCGUAUGUACAUAUAAUUGGUUAAUAAUUAUGUAUAAGAUGUUGUAAUACUGUUUGUAGCACUGUAUAAUUUAGU